CCGGGCAGGCGUGUGUCCCCACUGCCGUGGAGGGGCUAUACCCCAACGCCACAUGCUUUCCUACCCAUCCGCUCCCCAGAGUGCUGCCUGCUCUGCACCUGGGUCCUGGAGCCCUUCUCUGCCCGGACAGAGUCCAGCCCCUCUUCCUUGGCCCACCUGUGCCGUGCCCCACCCCACUCUGCCCAGAAGUGCAAGAGCCCAAGCCGCCUCCAUGGCCUCAGGAAGGAUUCAGGGGAGAGGCCCCAUACAGGGAGCUGCUCCAACAAGACAACCUGGCCAGAAUGGAGCUGACUGAACUGGUCCUCGUGGUCACGCUUCUCCUAACUGCAAGACUAACUCAGUCCAGCCCAGCUCCUCCCGCCUGUGACCCACGACUCCUAAAUAAACUGCUACGUGACUCCCAUGUCCUUCACGGCAGACUGAGUCAGUGCCCAGACAUUAACCCUUUGUCCAUACCUGUGCUGCUGCCUGCUGUGGACUUCAGCUUGGGAGAAUGGAAAACCCAGACGGAACAGACCAAGGCACAGGACGUCCUGGGAGCAACAGCCCUUCUGCUGGAGGGAGUGAUGGCAGCACGGGGACAGCUGGGACCCACUUGCCUCUCAUCCCUACUGGGACAGCUUUCUGGACGGGUCCGCCUCCUCCUUGGGGCCCUGCAGGGCCUCCUGGGAACCCAGCUUCCUCUACAGGGCAGGACCGCAGCUCACAGAGAUCCCAAUGCCAUCUUCCUGAGCUUCCAGCAACUGCUCCGAGGAAAGGACUUCUGGAUUGUCGGAGACAAACUCCAGUGUCUCAGCCAAAACUACUGGCUCUGGACUUCUGAAGAGGCUGCAAGGAUUCAGAGCCAAGGUUCCUGGUCUGCUGAACCAAACCUCCAGGUCCCUAGACCAAAUCCCAGGACAUGUGAACGGGACACAUGGACCUUUGAAUGGAACUCAUGGACUCUUUCCAGAUCCCUCGCCCAGGGCCCUGGGAACCCUGAACAUUCCUACAGGAGCUUCGGACACAAACUCCCUGCCACCCGGCCCCCAGCCUGGAUAUUCUCCUUCCCUAACCCAUCCUCCCCCUGGACGACAUACACUCUUCUCCCCCUCACCCACUUUGCCCACCCCCAUGGUCAAGCUCCAACUCCCUCCUCCCGGCCCCUCUGCUAUCAUGCUCAACCCGACCAGUCCUCUUCUAACUGCAGUGUACCCUCACUCCCAGGAUCUGUCUCAGGAACAGUGAGGUUCUCAGGCACUGCCAACAGCAGCACUGCCCCCCUCCCCUGUGUAGUUCUCUCACCCGGAGGAGAGCCCUGGGAGACAACUGCAGCCCUGCCAGAGUCCCUGCUUUCACCUGAAACACCCAGCCCUGGUAAAAGUGAAUACACAGGACGGGAACUGGGGUCAUUUUUCACUGUUUGAAACACCAGAAGCUAUUUUUUUAAGCUAUCAAUAAUAUUCAGCAGAGCAGCUAGUUAUCUUUGGUCUAUUUUCUGUACAAAUGUCCAAAUUACAAAUUCUCCAUGUUUUUCAUAUGAUAAUUCCUCAAAGGCCUGACCCCUGAACAGAGGUAGAGACUAAUCUUAUGUGAGAAAAACAGAAAAACGAGCUUUGGUUUCUAUUCAAAACUAAGGUUAGUCUCUUUACCCCCUUUUACCAUCAUUCUCAAUAGGACUCUGAUCUCCUUUUCUUAGGAGAUUCUUACUCUUGAGAAAUGGAUGAGAAGUUGUCUCCCAGAAAGACUGUCCCUACAUAACAGACAAAACUGAGCCUGGAUAAAUAAAGAAUGAAUGAGAGUACCCAAAAGCUAACUGAAAAGAAAGAGCACGACGUUCGUCUCAGGGGGCAAUAGUUCUGUCGCUCCCUAAAAAAAAAAAAAAGCUAACAGGAAGUCUAGGAGUGCCUCACACCUCAGGUAAGCCUGUGCAGCCAGUUCAGUCAAGAGGAGACCUGCAUGUGACAGCUGAGCAAACAGGGAGAGCUUCAGCAGCUCAGUGGGAAGCUUCGCCAGGCUUGGGUUCCUGCCUCCCUCCUGUGGAGGUCAGGGGGAAGUGCAGGAAGUGCCAUGAGUCGGUCUCCUGGGGCUCACACAGCAGGAGAGACAAGUACAACUCAAGUACAAGUUGAAGGCUCAUUUCCCAGUUCCCAGAAGUGAAUGGUAUCUAAAAAGUGACCUUGUGUGACCACUGUGAACUCUGGGAGGGGAUCUCUAGAAAAGAAGCCAGGGUUAUGGGGCUUUGCCAAUAAAUGCCAUCUUGGUGCUUAGGAAGUUUCUAUUGCCCCAAACAAAAACUCCACUGCAAAGGCUGUGUGGUGCAACACCACCACAUCCAGAGGCUCCUGUAGGGAAAACUAAUGGAAGUUUUACCUCUUCCUCCCUACCAAAAGGAGAGGAAAGGCUGCUGUGUAGAUGUAGGUAGAGAAGCCAGGAAGCCAGAGUUCGGGACACUGCCCCAAAUACCCCAGGGUCACUGGAGGCAUUCUAAAACAGAACGAAAGUCAGUGUGCCAGGAGCCUUAAGUAUAUUACGUUUUUUAAGGCUCACGUGACUCUAUAAGGCAACUAGUAUCAUCUCUAUUUUAUAGAUGAGGAAAACAACCGAGGCUCAGAGAAGCCAGGCAAGUUCCCAAAGUUUUCACAGCCUGUGAGCAGGAAAGGAAGAAACACUCAAGGCUGACAGCCUGGAGCCCAUACUGUCCCCAGUGCAGGACACUGUCCCCAGUGCAGGACGCUGUCCCAUAUAGUAUUCAGUGACUCUAUUUAUUGGGAAAAGUUCCCAAGUCCUUGAGGAGCAAAUACAUCAACACCUCAAAGAGUUCUGCAUAGAAAAUCAAAGCUCUUAGUAGGGGUGACCAAUUUAGACAUCUCCAGGUGUCCCUCCCCCACAACAUGAACAGAACAGUUGCCAUGGAGAAGGAAUCAACAAAUGCACAAAGCUUAAAAGUAUUGUCCAGAUCUUGGAUGCUGUCAGUUUCUUCAUGGGAAAGAAUCAGUUCAUCCACACUACAAAUUCCAGGAGGUUGUCAAGGGAUUUGGUAAGUAGAAAUUUUCAUUUACUGCAGUACUACGGUAGAUUAAAUCUAAUAAUCAAAUGAAACCCAUUAUGGUACAUGAAAUAAGCAGCACCCAGGACCAGAUAAGCCAAAGGGACGAAAGACAGAGAAUUAGGGAUUCUCAACACAGUCAGAUGAGACAAAGAUAGCAAACCUGCAAAAGGCAUUAGCCAAAAUUUCGGGCUUCCAGUA